AUGUGGCUCUUCCCAUUCAAAAACCGUACCGGGACAGAUCAUGAUGUCAACCCUCCCAUAGUGGCGACUCCAGACAGAACAGAUCCUGUACCAGUCUUGUCGCAGAUUAACAAUCUUAUGCCAAGAAAAAGAGGUUUAAUUGCUUGGCUCUGGUCUGUGACGGGCCGACACCGAGAACCCAGGAUGAAGACGGAUCCUGGUGGAGAGUUGCAGGUGAUGCUGCCACAUCGGAUUCAGGACAGAAUAACCUCCGGCGAUAUUUGUCUAAUGUCCGACAGUCCAUAUCGAAUACACAAAGCGGCCGAAAGUGGAAAUGUGGAAGAUUUUAUGCGUCUAUACCUAACGGAACCAUCCCGACUAUCCGUCCGCGACUCUAAUGGCCGGACUGCAGCUCAUCAAGCAGCUGCUAAAAACCAUACAAACAUCUUGCACUCCAUUAAUAAAUACGGUGGAGCAUUAGAUAUAGCCGACAACGCUGGAAAUACGCCGCUUCACUUAGCAGUAGAAAAUGAGUCACUAGAUGCCAUAGAUUUUCUACUUCAGCAGAAUGUUGACACUUCCAGUUUAAAUGAGAAACGUCAGGCACCCAUCCAUUUAGCAACAGAAUUAAACAAAGUAUCUGUACUAAAAGUUUUUGUAAAACAUAAAACUAAGUUUGACGUUGAUAUCGAGGGAGAACAUGGUCGCACAGCUUUACAUUUCGCUGCUAUUCACGACCACGAUAUGUGUGCCAGAAUAUUGAUUUCUGAAUUGGGGGCACAAUGUAAACUUCAAUGUAACAAUGGCUACUAUCCUAUUCAUGAAGCUGCAAAGAAUGCUUCCUCUCGGACUAUGGAAGUCUUUCUUCAAUGGGGUGAAUCUGAAGGUUGUACAAGGGAAAAGAUGAUGUCUUUACAUGACAAUGAAGGCAACGUUCCUCUUCAUUCUGCAGUACAUGGAGGUGACAUCAGAGCUGUCGAACUAUGUUUGAGGUCUGGUGCUAAGAUAUCAGAACAACAAUACGAUUUUUCCACGCCCGUACAUCUAGCCUGUGCUCAGGGUGCUUUAGAAAUAGUAAAGUUGAUGUUUACAAUGCAACCAGAAGAGAAAAUGGCAUGUUUGAUGUCCUGCGAUGUGCAGGAAAUGACGCCUUUACACUGUGCCGCAAUGUUCGAUCAUCCUGAAAUUGUUAAGUAUCUUGUGAAUGAAGGAUCUGAUCUGAAUCCUUUAGAUAAGGAAAAAAGGUCUCCCCUACUUUUGUCUGCAUCACGGGGUGGUUGGAGGACUGUUCAUACAUUUAUUCUUCUCGGUGCGAAUAUGGAACUGAAAGACAUAAAUUCUCGGAACGUGCUUCAUCACGUUGUAAUGAACGGAGGUCGUCUAGAAGAUUUUGCAACAACUUGCAAAAAUCGAUGCGAAAAAAGUCUUUCGCAAUUACUAAAUGAAAAAGACAAUAACGGUUGUUCACCACUACAUUAUGCCAGUCGAGAAGGCCACAUACGGUCCUUAGAAAAUCUCAUCAAGCUCGGUGCCUGUAUCAAUCUCAAAAACAAUAAUAACGAGAGUCCACUGCACUUUGCUGCGAGAUAUGGGCGAUAUCACACAGCGUGCCAGUUAUUAGAUUCUGAUAAGGGAACUUUUAUCAUAAAUGAAAGCGAUGGGGAAGGACUUACACCAUUACAUAUCGCAUCACGGGAAGGUCAUACGAGAGUAGUACAAUUGUUACUCAACCGAGGAGCUUUGCUGCAUAGAGAUCACAAUGGACGCAACCCACUUCAUUUAGCAGCAAUGAGUGGAUAUACACAGACCGUUGAACUUUUGCAUUCAGUUCACUCACAUUUGCUUGAUCAGACUGAUAAAGAUGGAAAUACACCACUUCACUUAGCCACAAUGGAGAAUAAGCCUAAUUCUAUAGCACUGCUGCUAUCUAUGGGCUGUCAGUUAAGUUACAACUCAUUGGAAAUGAGUGCUAUCGACUAUGCAAUUCAUUACAAAUUCCCAGAGGCUGCUUUAGCAAUGGUGACACAUGAAGAACGAGCUAAGGAAGUUAUGGCUUUACGGUCAGAUCGUCACCCUUGUGUCACUCUCGCACUGAUAGCCUAUAUGCCGCGAGUGUUUGAAGCAGUUCAAGAUAAGUGUAUUACAAAAGCUAACUGUAAAAAGGAUUCUAAAAGUUUCUAUAUCAAGUACAGCUUCGAAACGCUAUGUCCACAAACGAUAAACGAUGACUGCAACAGAAUAGCAGAUACUGCAUUGAAAUCUCAGAAAAAUCCUCUGUCUGCGUUAAACGCAAUGGUAGCUCACGGUCGCGUUGAAUUGUUAGCUCAUCCCUUGAGCCAAAAGUAUCUUCAAAUGAAAUGGAAUUCUUAUGGAAAAUAUGUCCACCUGUUGAAUCUCUUAAUAUACUGCAUUAUUCUUCUCUUAGUGACGCUUUAUAUUUAUUUUUUGAUGACCAAAAUGCCUAAGAAUAUGAACAUAGCAGGCGAUCUUAGCAAAAAUAGCUCUAAUGAGACUGCAUAUGAAUUUAGUUCUCUAAUCAAUGAUACUGCUACUGCUGGCUUCAAGCAAGGUCCAGACUUCGAAAUUUAUGCAAGUGCAGGAAUUAUAUUAACUUAUAACUUAAUUUGUGUAAUACGCGAAAUGUACAAUAUAAAGGAACAAAAAUGGCAUUAUAUUGUUGACCUCUCGAAUUUUGUUUCCUGGAUGCUGUACGUCAGUUCAACACUCAUGACUUUGCCAUCUAUAUACCCGAUUUAUCAAAAUAUUCAGUCGUCAGCUGCUUCAAUUACCGCCUUUUUAGCAUGGUUCAAACUGCUGCUACUGCUUCAACGCUUCGAUCAAGUUGGGAUCUACGUGGUUAUGUUUUUGGAGAUACUACAAACACUUAUUAAAGUUUUGAUGGUGUUUUCAAUACUAAUAAUAGCAUUCGGACUAGCCUUCUUCGUCCUUUUAUCUAAUGGCCAGCAUUUAUCGUUCAGCAGCAUACCGAUGUCAUUGAUGAGAACAUUCACGAUGAUGUUGGGAGAGAUUGACUUUGUCGGUACCUACGUCCAACCCUACUAUAAAACAGAAAUAGACGUACUCUUACCUUUCCCUAUUCCCACUUUCUUUAUCCUUGGCCUGUUUAUGGUGUUCAUGCCCAUCCUGUUGAUGAACUUACUUAUUGGUUUGGCUGUCGGAGACAUUGAGAGCGUCAGGCGAAAUGCACAACUAAAACGCUUGGCUAUGCAAGUAGUUUUACAUACAGAACUAGAACGAAAAUUGCCAGCUUGUAUUUUGGAAAAUGUUGACAAAGAUGAGUUGAUUGAAUAUCCAAACAACAACAAAUGCAAACUCGGUUUUCUUGACUUAAUUCUACGGAAAUGGUUCUGCAAUCCAUUCACUGACGACGCUGAAUCUGUUUCACAAGCCGUCGGUCUUGACCUGGUUCUGGAGAGUAAAGAAGAUUACAUGACUGCUGAAAUGGACAAGCAGAAGAGACGUUUACGCGAAAUGUCACAAUUACUUGAACAACAGCACACCCUUAUUCGUCUCAUUGUGCAGAAAAUGGAAAUAAAAACUGAAGCUGAUGAUGUUGACGAAGGGGUUUCUCCGGCGGAAACGCGUGUUGUACCGAGGUGGAGUACACCACGCAUCAGAAAACAACUUCACACCGCUGCAUCAUUUAAUAAAGGGAUCUAA